AUGAGUGCAGCUUGUGCCGUCUGCACUGGGUCAACGGCCGAAGCGCUUCAACUCGAGCCACCUCAAAGGCGGAAACACCACCAUGGCCCACGACGCGCCCAGCCAGAUGCCCAAGUCUGCGCCCUGCGAGCUGACCUGCUUGGCGAUCGGGCCCUUGUGGUACACCUGGCACAUGCCGAGCACCGCGCCCACCCACCCGACCAGGAACGCCGCCAGCGCCGCCACCCCGUGCGGCAGCCUGGAGCGGUCCGACCAGGCGGACCAGUCGAACCCCCGCGUCCUGCGGAAGAUGGCAUGCUCCUCCAGCGCGAUGACGGUGUAGAUGGCGACCCAGUACCCCAUGAGCGCCAGGAAGUUCUCAAAGAUGCUAAACAGGCUGUUGCGGCCGGCCACCGCGCAGGCCGUGUACGCGAGCACGCUGACGCACGAGAUGAUCCAGCGCGGGGUGCGCUGCCCGUAGCGGCCCAGCACCUGGAACCCGAGCACCGCCGAGUACGUGCCGGGGAUGUUGUUGGCGAUGAGGCCCAGGGCCACGAAGACGCCGAGGAGCUUGCCGAAGCCCCUGAGCCCGGCGUACCCUUCCAUGAUGAGCGCCCCGGAGGACACGUCGAGGGCGUCCGCCCACGUCUUUUGCGAGAUGGUCCCGGAGCCCAGGCCGACGCCGAUGAGGUUCGCAAACGACAGGCCGAGCCCCACGCCGAUGGUAGUGAGCAUAAACGUCUUCCACUUGCGCGUGUCUUCGGGGUAGUAGACGUAAAAGUCGGCGCCUGCUGGGGCCCAGGCUAUCGACGACGACAGACACAGCGAGAAAAAGGACAGCCGGUUCCCGGCUAUGGUCCGGUGGUCUCCCGUCGCCGUGAUGGAGGUGUCAAACUUGGGCCCCGCGGACCCGAUCAGCACGAAGAGGGCAAUCAGCUGCGGUAUCGACGCCCAUCUGAGCACGUACCUCUCGUAGACGUGAAACGCGCCCAUGCCAAAGACCACCACGACCAACGAGACGACGGCGACAAUGACAGUCCCGACAACGAUGCUUAG